CGUGAAGGCAGAAGGGGCAGCAUGAAUAGGCUUCUGAAUAUCGUGUUCUGGGUGAUGCUAUCCAUUGAGUUGGUUGCUGGCAUCAAGUGCUCCCAGUGUGCAUAUCAGCUCCCAGGUAAAGGGUGCGAGAAAUGGAGACGUCCGUGCAGACUGCACUCAGGGCAGUCAUGCUACAAGCAGAUGGUUUAUUUUGGACGGACUCCUCUCCAUACCAUCAAGGGCUGUUCUUCUGCUUGCAUAAAUGUAUUGACACCAAAGAAGCCUAAGACAGUGAGUGAAGACUAUACUUGCUGCUCUGAUCGAAAUUUCUGCAACCACUAAGGCACAGUAGUGGUGUUUCAGUGUCAGUGGAGAGCAUCAUAGAUUCUGCUUUCUGGGUGAAAUUUCAAGGGCUGGAAGCUACUGCAGGUCUCCUUUCUACAGAUACCUCUUCCUCUUAAGGCCAGGCUAGAUGAGAUCGAAUGUUUGUUUUUUUCAUGCCCUCAGUAUCCAAAAAUACAAAAUUGUAACUAUUUCCAACCACAGUUCAUGUUUUAAAAAUAAAAGCUCAGGCUAUCAAAAGUGCCUAUUUCCACCCACUUUAAGGAAAUAUUUAAAUUACAUGAUGCUGGGGAAACAAUUUUUCCCUAUCUCAUAAUUCUAAAACCGGGGCAAUCCAAUGAUGCUGAAUUUUGGAAGAUUUGGGGCAGGGAAAAGGUCCUUCUUCACACAGAGCAUAGUUCAAUGUAUGAAAGUCUCUCUCACAUAAUUAAAAAAUGGCCACCAACUUAGAUGGCCACAAAUAGGGAGCAGCUGCAGAAAAGGCCUUCUCUCAUGUCACUACCCUCUGGACCUCUCAUGGAGGAGGCACAUGAGAAAGGGCCUCAGAUGAUGAUUGUAGGGUCUGGGCGGUCCUUUAAUUUCUCUCCUAUGUCUAGCUUCCAAAGCAAAUUUUUAUCAGUUUAUUUCAAUUGCAGAUUAAUGUGGAAAUAGUGCUGAAAUGAUUUAUAAGUAGCAUGGACCAGAAACUGUCUGAUUACUCAUCCCUGCAUCUAGCUUUGUAUUGCAUACAUUGCCUGUCAAUAACUUUCCAUGGUCACCAUCAAGGCUGACCCUACUGUUGGGCACUCUGAGAAGGCUGCCUUAGCUGGCAGAUAGUGAGGGGGCAGAAUAAAUCCAAACUGAAAUGCUGGUGAAUUUUCAGUGUUUGGAAGAAGGGAAUGUGGCCUCUGGGUUGACAAGGGUUCCCCAUCCCUGGAUAUGGGGUAUCACCUUGUUCUUUUCCUCAGGUAGCAAAAUGUCUUGGGUCAUCUCUGGGCUCCAUACUGUCUCUGAACCUGGAGGUCUUCUUUAGCUGCCACGACUAACAACCAUGGAUAGGCCACUCCUCCAUAAAUUUCCCUGAUCCCCCUUUGAAGCUGUAUAAAGCCAUCUAAGUUAAUGAGUUACUGAGUUAUCAUUCAACCCUGAGAGAUGUCAAUCUGACAUUUUAAUGAAUGCCUACAGCUAAGGUGGUUUGAUACUUAUGCGUGAGCAUUGGGUAGGCACUGCAUCACACUUCCCCCAUUGAUUCUCCCACCCAGCAAGAAGCACAUCUUCAUUCUGCAGCAGAAAGGAAUGUAGGGAUACCUGUUAGAUCAUCUCAGAGUGAAAAAAACCAUUCUGAGUUUCCAGCUGUACCAACAGGUGGUACAUCAAAAAAGAACAUCAAUGCUUGGAACAAAUCCACCUCAAUCCGCCUACUCUGUCCAAGUUGGUUAAUAAACCAAGGGAAUUGCAAUAGAUAUGGGUUGCCUUUUACACUCCUAUAGUCUAUGAGAGGAGCUCCAGAACCUGAUCCAUUUCAAUGUGAAUAGAUUAAAGCCAUUGAUAAUUCCUAAACCAUUAAUUAAUGGUGCUGGAGGAGACCCUUGAGAGUCCCAUGGACUGCAAGCAGAUCAAACCCAUCCAUUCUGAAGGAAAUCAGCCAUGAGUGCUCACUGGAAGGACAGAUCCUGAAGCUGAGGCUCCAAUACUUUGGCCACCUCAUGAGAAGAGAAGACUCCCUGGAAAAGGCCCUGAUGUUGGGAAAGAUGGAGGGCACAAGGAGAAGGGGACGACAGAGGAUGAGAUGGUUGGACAGUGUUCUCGAAGCUACCAUCAUGAGUUUGACCAAACUGCGGGAGGCA